AAUGUGUAAACUGUGGUUUACAACAGUUGCGCUGUUCGUCUAUCAGUAAAUGGGCUUGAAAACAGAACUGUCUUCGAACGUGUAGAGACCGAUCGAUUCAGUUCAGAAAACAUGUCCGCGAGGUUGAUACUGGUUACGCUGGCAGUGGCCAUUUACGCAGCAUCUGCAGUGGAUGGAUCACCCACCUCCUCAUCUUCCGAAGAGACUAUGGAGGUGAUCGAGUCACUCGAAAGGCAAUGUCUGCAGCGAACGGGAUCGUCGGAAACGUUCGAAAAGUUGGUGGCCGGGUUCACGUUUGCACCGAUGUGCUUCGCUGGUCAUUUGGAUUUGGACGGGCUCAUCAGUGGUUUCGAUGAACUGAACGACUCAAAUCGGGUUCAAUAUUUCGAUACCUAUUGUCCGCAGCUGAACCAGUCCUUGCAGUGUGUUAAUCCGUUGUUCGAUUUGCUCCGGAAGUGUUGGGAUGGAGAGGAGUUGGCGAUUUGGGACAUCAUGUUCAACAUGGUCCCGGAAGCGUUAAAUCUGAUCUGCAAGGAUCAUGGCGAAAUUUUCUUCAGACUUGAUCGUCCAGAAUACAGUAUGUGCGUGACAAGGUUUGAAGACUACGCUGUGGAAUGUGCCGGUAAGAUCUCCAACUCCACCGAGACGAUGCAUUUGUCCAAACUCAACGAAGAGCAAUGUUACGAGUUGAGAGAAUUCCGCAGUUGCGUUGCGCAGAAACUCGACAUCUGUAAAGCAUCCGGUAUUAUCGAAUUGGCAGAUGUUUUCUACAAACCGUUGAUGAAAGCCAGUUCAUGUGCAAAGUAUAUCGAUUUAGAGCCGAACAAUCCAGUUGAUACAAAUGAAAUUUCAUGAAAGGUCAAAAGAUUUUAAAUCAGAUGGGUAAGCGAAAUAAAAUUAUAUUACAUGAAAAAAA